AUGUGGUUUUCUGGGAUGGUAGGAGCAACAACGAGGUGUAAGGAACUUCUUUCCAUGUGGGUUCUGGCUGGCAGUGGCGGAUAUGGACUUGAUCAAUUCAUGAAAGUUGUAGAGAGAGUUGUUUUUGCUGAAUUUACUUGCAUUCUGGCAUUAGGAGGGUCCAUGAUGGGGAUAAUUGCAGGAGCCAUGAGUGGACAUACCACAGAAGGUGGUUUUCUUGAUGGGGCUUGCAAAGGAGCUGUGACAGGGGCAAUUGCUGCAAUAGAAUUACUAAAUAAUGCUGCUGAGCCUCUAUCUAAGGUUGCCCUAUUGAGGAGUUUAUUCAAUGGAAAGCUAUUUAUGGAAUGGAUAUGUCCAGCUGUUGCACAAGCCUAUCAGUGUCAUAUCAAUGCACAUGGAACAACAACUUACAGAGAAGAAUCAGAUAUUAACAAUGGCAUUGUCAGGGGGAUCACAGUCAAAGGAAUGGCUUGGAAUAUCAUCCAAGAGCUUCCUGUUCAACAAUUCAAUUCCAGUAAAAUGCUGAAACUAUACAAUGAAUCAUGCUGCUCAAUUUGCUUCCAGCCCAGUGAUUUCUUGGCUUACAUGAAUAUCCUUCAAUGA